AUGAACGUCUAUAUUCUCCUUCUUUCUUUGAUUACAGGUAGCAGCAACUCACAACUGACUGGAUGUUCAGGGGGAUGGAUCAAGUUCACCUGUAAAGAUGACCCCCACAAUGAUACCUUACCAAUAAUUACAAUUGGGAAUUGUAGUUCCCGUAUGCUCGACCAUAUUACCUACAACGAAGCACAGACCACAAUUAGGAUCUUCUUCAGACUGGAGCUAAGAAAGCCAUCUCAGGGCUGGACCAUCCGCAAGAAGAGAAUAAUUAUACCAAUAAUAGUAGUGACCCUUGUGAUUCUGCUGCUGGCGAUGUCGCUGACGUUGCUCGUGAUGGUCCUUAAAUACUGUGAGUAA